CAUUGUCACCAGUUUACUUCCGGAGGUACGUCGGAAACCUCAACCGUCAAAAGACAAAAGAAUCUAUAAGAAUCCGCACUAUAAAACGGGCCAUCCGCCCUAAAUUAUCAGUCAAAUCCUCAAAGAAACUUCCAAAAGACACACUGCUUUUAAAAUUUUGAAAUAUUUAUCGCAGUUUCCGAUAAAAAUCAUCGGAGAUUGUUACAUAAUCGACCGGAAGUAAACUGGUCACAAUGCGGCUUUAAUUGUCAAUUUAUACUUUGAUCUGCAAAAACUUGCAAAACAGAGCUGCAAAUCGACCUCUCAAUCCAAGCAUUCCUCUAGCUGUGUCUUCGAUAGAGAUCUAUGACUUCUGUGACCCCUGUGCAGUAAGCGUGGACUAAUAAUCGAAGAGAUGGCGUUCUUUCACACCGUCCUCGUAUUUGUUGUCGUGUUUUACGCACAGCUCCAGACCGAGUGUAGCAAUGGCGCUAAGAUUGUGGGUUACUCGAUGAUGGGGGGAAGCCAGUACAUUGGAAUGAAAAAGAUCGCGCAAGAGUUAGUCGCUAGAGGACAUGAGGUCACCCUUUUAGUGAGUUCAAUACAGAAGACUGAUCCAUCAGGCAGCAAAGGCGUCCGCCACGCCGUCUACAAUGUCCCGGUCGAGCCGAACCAUAUGGAGAUGGCCGUUCAACGAACCAUCAAAUAUGGCGUCAAACAAAUGCUGGGAAUUACAUCGAAACUGUUUUGUGAAUCGACGCUUGAUGCUGUAGAUGUCCUAGAACCAAUGAAAGCCUUUGAUUUGAUUCUGACGGACUGUACUAUGCUGUGUGGCCUCAUAGUCGCGGAAUAUUUGAACCUAACUCGAGUCGAGUACUGCCCUGUGACCCCUAGACUACCCUUCAUGUAUUACAAAGAUGCUCCUAUGUUCCCAUCACAUGUACCACUCAUGAAAUCCCAAAACCCAGGCCAAAUGUCCUUUCUACAGCGGCUUAGAAACACUCUUGUUUAUUUUGCCACUCAUGCGGGAUACAAGUUUGUCUUACAACCCGUUUUUGAAGAUAUAAAACAGAAAUAUAAUAUCACUCCGGAGAGGACCUAUGCGGAGAGUUUGGGAAGAGAAGAGAUGACGCUUUUUCUUGCGGAUCCCGCCCUGGAAUACAUCUUCCCUUUACUACCAGGACACAAGCUAAUUGGCCCCGUCACCGUCAGUCCUCCAAAGCCCCUCCCCCGUAACCUGCAGAAGGUGAUUGACAGUUCUGAUGGUGUCGUCAUCGUAUCGUUUGGUUCGAAUAUUUUAUCUUCUUUGCCGCGAAAGGAUAUCGAUGUUUUAGCGGAGGCUUUUGGGCAACUAAAGGAGACGGUUUUCUGGAGAAUAAAAGGCUACAUUCCGGCCAAUCUGAGCCCCAACAUCAAAACAGUUGAAUGGCUUCCUCAGAAUGAUCUCCUGGCGAAUCAGAAAACGCGCGUACUUGUGUCACAUCUUGGCCAGAACAGCUUGUAUGAGUCCAGUUAUCACGGGAUACCUUUGGUGGGCGUGCCUCUCUGUGCAGAUCAGUUCGACAAUGCAGUCCUCGCGGAAGACAGGGGCCUGGGCCUGAGUGUGGAUAUAAAUACUGUUACCGCUGACCAGCUGUACCGCACUAUCCGGAGGGUUGUGGAUGAGCCCAGAUUCAAAGAAAACGCGGCGCGUAUUUCCCGCCUGAUGCAGGACCGCCGACGCUCCCCGACAGAAGAAGCUGCUGAUUGGAUAGAAUACACAUUACGUCACAGAAGAUUGACACAUCUUCGCCCCGCCUCUGUCCACCUGAUUUGGUACCAGUACUUUCUCCUUGACGUCAUGCUCUACAUGGGCGUGGUUCUGCUGUCUGUUGCCAUGGUGAUCAGACUUGUCUAUAAACUUGUCUGCUCGUGCUGUUGUCGAAAGAAAAAGGCAAAGACGCAAUAGAAGGAAUAGACUCAUUAGAGAGACAUUUUUCAAUCGAUCACAGCACUUUAUACCAGCAAAAUCAGAUGAAAAGCCUUUUCCUGGAGGGUUGUUUAUUUAUUACUCCUCAGAGAAGGAAACAUAAGUGUAAUAUCAGCUAUCGCGCGAGCUCGUGGAAAAUCAAUUGUUUUUAUGACAUUCUCUAAAAUAAAUAAACACCUUAGAUUUAGGAGAAUU